AUGAUUUCGAUUGGAUUCUUCAUUCAAAAUUUUUGGAUUGGUUGUGCGAUGCUGCUAUUGCUGAUCGACAAGGAGAAUUUCGAAGAAAACCAGGAUGUUGUGAAGGAAAGAUUGAUAAGUUUCGAUGAGAAAAUCAAGAUGGACGGUGAGGAAAUGAGAAAGAAAGAGUUUUAUUUCGAAGAAAUGGAGAACAAGCUGGUUUGGCAUUAUACAAAUACAUCAGACAUCGUAUUUAGGCAUUUCAAGCUUGAUUUGAUGGAAAAGGUGAGAAAAAAUGAGUUUGAAAUUGUAAAUCAAUAAUAUUUUGAUAUUUAGGACCUUCAAAACUACCCGGUUUUGAUCAAUUAUCUACCACAAUUGAUGUACGCAGUUGAAAACCAAUGCUAUCAACAGUCUGACAAAACAAGAGCAUCGGAAUAUUUAUCGAUUGUGGAAAGAGCCAGACAGUUGACUAUCCAAUUUACUGAGGAUUUUCCGCAGUUUCUUGAUUCAAAAUUUGAUGAAAUCAGACCAACUUGGGCGGCAAUUCUUAAAAAAGAUCGAUUGAAGCUUGGCCGAAUCACGAAUUAUAAUGUUGGAAGACAUUUCAAAUCAAGUGCAUUCGUCAUGGAGAAAAUGAGCGGAUUUUUGAGGAAAUCGGAUGAAAAGAUUAUGGAUUUGAAUCGAUUGAAGGUGAGUUUUUUGAAAAAAUGAUGACAAAUGAAAAAAAUGUUCAAUUUUUCAGAUCGAAGAAGCAAUUGAAUAUCGCCGUGAAACCCAAACUCUUCUUGCAACAGUUUAUAUAAUUGUUUUCAUUAUGACAAUGGGUCAUUCACUAACAUCAGAUAUUCCAAGAUUGCAUCGUUUCUUCUCAUUGAUCAGACUCCUCUCCUAUUAUUCGGCUUUGGCACUUUAUAUUCUCGUUUGUCUUGGAAUCCUCGAUUAUUAUCCAAAACCAUUCGAUUGCAAAUUGGAUUUCGAAGUUCCACAACAAAAUUAUUCGAAUUUCAAUGGCGAUUUGAUGGAAUUGAGAACCAAUAUGUUGAAAUGCGAUCAUUAUAGAAAAUCAAUUUUCGGCGAAUUGGAAAUCGAUUUGGAUUGGUAUCGAGUGAUUGGAAUGGCUGAUGAAUAUCGUGCAACAAUCCGUCCAUAUAUUCGAAAAAUAUUUGAGCAAGAUGAGAAAUUGCCAACUGAUCGAAACAAAUAUGUAUAUUGA